CAUUCCAAACAGUGUCAUAUUAAGCGUUAUAUCCUAAGCAUGAGGAAUUAAAUAAAUACCUAGUAAUGAGUCCAUUUAUGAUUAUUGUGUGAUUUAAAUAUUUAAAAUAAAUCGAUCAUUUUAUAAAAAAAUAAUUGCAAAAAAUAAUCUAGAAAAUGUCUUUGUUGCCCACUAUUAAAGAGGAAGAUAAUAAUACUACAUGGCUGAAACAGCUAUGGCAAUGUCGCCUUCAAUUUGAACUAAUGAUGCCAGCUGCCAUGGUUUUUCUUGCUGGCGGUUUAAAAAUGUGUUGGUCUGUAUACGAAUUACCAUCGGCACAAUAUGAUUUGGAUUUUGAUCCUAACUUCUUAACAAUCGUAUGGUUUAUUGGUGUCAUUAUGGGUGUCUUGGCGGCAUCGCUGUUCGUAGGACGAGUAACGAAAAAUAUUUCUCAUAUUUUAAGUGGAUUUUUCUUAAUUGUUGGUGGUAUAUUAUUUAUCCUUAUGCCUACAACGUACAUUGCAAUUGCAUUCGGUUGCAUUUGUGAGGGCAUAGCUUUUGGAUUACUACAAUUGCAGGCAUUUGUUAGUGGCGCGGAGGUAGCUAGCAAAGAUAUACGUGGUUUAGUUAUGUCAACCGAACGUUGCUUUAUAUGGUUUGGAAUUCUACUGCAACUGACACUCACAUAUAUUUGGUAUACUUUUGAACCCCCAACUGGCCAUACAAUGCAUGUGGAUCAAAUACAUGGCAUUGUGGUUGCAUGUUUAGGUGUCACUGUUAUUCUAUGGACAUUUAAACUACGUGCUGAAUCUCCUCUGCUGUUGCUGCAGCAGCAACGUGAUGUGGCAGCAGCUGUGGUAUUGCAAAAGCUACAAGGAACACAUGUAUCAAACAAUGAAAUGAAGCGCCUGCGUGAGGACUAUAUGCAGUUAUUGUCUAUGGAUGUUGACGAUAGUUGUUGGUUUAUAUUUCGCAAGUACAACUUGCUGCCACUAAUUAAAGUAUUUAUUCUACGUUGUUUUGUUGCCAUCUCUAUGUCUCAGCCAUUCAAUCACAUUUUUUUAUCCGCCAGUUGGCUGGGCUUUGAUUGUGACAUGAAUUGUUUGUACACACUGACAAUGGCCGGCCUUUUGGGCAGUCUACUGGGUGGCCUAGUUAUCGAUCGUUAUGGACGUCGCAGAUUAUGUGUCGUUACACUUUUGCCUGCCACCAUCUUUAUGUUCAUUGCGGGUGGCAUUAUGGAUUACUUGACACAAUCUCAAAUUGCCAUCAUACCCACCGAUUUGGAAAUUGUUUCCAUACUUAUACUUCUGUAUCAGUUCAUCAUAUGUACUGGAGUUUCUACAACUGCCACUGUUUAUCUAUCGGAGGCAUUCACCGUAACACAAAAGCCCAAAUGUAUCGCUGUCGUAUUGAUUGGAGAGAAUUUACUUCAAAUCCUAUUGUCGGUGAUUUCAUUUAAGACGACCGUCAGUGCAACUGCUUUGUACUUUGUAAUGGGUGUAAUGUGUCUACAAUUGGGAUUGUACGUGUUCCUUUGUAUGCCGGAAACAAAAAAUCUAACAUUGUAUGAGUGUUUGCAGAAAUUUAGAGGAAUUUCUUUGAGUAAAUAGAAAAGAAAGAAUGAAUAUGAAUUUAAUCUGGUUUAAAAUUUAAUAAUUUUAUUUAAUUUAUUGUGUGCAUUUACAUACAUAUGUAUAAAGUAUUUUUUAUUAAAUAUUUAAAUAGAUUUAUUUAGUAAUAAACACCAAAUUUAAACUUCACACAUUCAUAA